AAUUUUAAUUCUCUCGUUGAUUCUUUUUAAAUCAAAAUUUGAGCCAAAUUGAAACAAAAAUAAUCCGAUGGAAGCGAGCUGUUGGUAUGAAUAUCGAUCGAGAACGAGAAUAAGAAUUUUCUUUUUUUUUUCCGAGUACGAUGGAGGAGGAGGAGGACAAGUAGGGAAAUAAAAAGGAUAGGACAGAUAAGAAGGUGAAGGGAAAAGUCGGGAUGAUGAUGGUGCGCCGCCCCUUGCAACGUCAGCCCUGGCUGAACACCAUCCUACGUAGAGAAUCGGUCGGAGGACUUUCUAGCGAAAGUGAUGGCCGUGGUGGUUGUGCGUGGAAAGGAAAGGAACGCGAAGGGAUGGCAUGGUAAGGAAAGGCAAGGCAAGGCAGAGCAGGGCAGGGUAAGGCGAGGAAAGCAGUAGCAGCGGAGCAGUGGGCUGAGGAAGAGGAGAGAGAGAAUGCGUGGCGGGGGUGGCUAGGUCUGGGUUCUGGACGGCGUUGGAGUCGUAGGUGGAGGUGGCGGGAGAAGGUUGGUUGGUCGUUCGGAGGACGUCGUUGACGACGACGACAACGACGACGACGACGUUGGAGGAGGCGGUGGGUAUAACCUUGCAACCCUCUUGCGUACGUCAAGGAAGGGGAAAUGACAGGAAUCCCGGGAGAAAGAGAGAGAGGGGGAGAGAGAGAGAGAGUGUGAGAGGUAAAAAGAGGCGGUAGAGAGAAGUGGUAGAGAGAGAGAGAGAGAGAGAGAGAGAGAGAGCAGUGAUGGUGGCGGAGGUGGUAGUAGUGGUGGUGGAUUGAAGGCAGUAGUCAGGGGUGCAGCCGUACAGGGCGGUAGUGACGGGCGUGACGUAGCCGGUGGAGGAUGUACGCCCCUGUCGGCGAGGGUACCAGCAACCAACAAUCAGCCCUGGUCAAUCCAUGGUGGUUUCAUCCGCCAGCUGGACGUACAGUUGGGCACGAGCGCGACCAAGAAGGGAAAUACCUGUUCGAAGGUGGCAGUGACAGGGGUGGCGAAGGUCACGGGGUUGGGUCUAGGGGUGGCAUCAUGGACUCUCACCAGCAUCAAUUCUGUCUUAAGUGGAACAGUUUCGGUAGCAAUCUAGCAACGGCGUUCUCGAAUUUAUUCAAAAGCGAGAGUCUCACCGAUGUCACCCUCUUCUGCGAGGGAGUAACGUUCAAGGCUCACAGAUUGAUCCUCGCAGCAUGCAGCAAACAUUUUCAGGAGCUCUUCGAAGGGAUGCCGCCUUCUCCCGCAGGACUGAUCGUUAUUCUCGACGGGACGAGCGCUCACAAUAUGGCGUCGCUUCUCGAAUUUAUGUACCGCGGAGAAGUACACGUGUCUCAGGAAUCUUUGAGCUCUUUCCUCAAGGCAGCGGAAUGCCUUCAAGUAAAAGGUCUGUCGAUCGAGCACGAGAAACUAGCAGUGGCGCAGAGACAUGCGGCUGAGAGCAAUAAUUCGUCGACGGACACCGGCGGAGAGGGUGGCGGGGGUGGAGGUAGCGGAGUUGGCGAAGUCGGUGCACCAGGAAGUAUCGGUGGUAGCAGCAGCGUUGGAGUUGGUGGUAGCGUCGACGGUAGCGGUAGUGGAAAUCCAAAUGGUAGUAUCGCUGCUGGUGCAGUAUCUACUACGAGUGCUGUUGGCGAUAGUGGAGUCGGUGACAUCACCGAUCUCAGCGAGGCCGGUGAAGCUACGAUGCUGAGGAACAGUAUAAAAAGACGCAGAGACGCAACCCCUACGCCUGCGCCGUCCCCGGCACCGGCAUACACCGUACCCAGCAUGUACUCUCACUAUUUCGAAAGUCCCCCAAAGAGGUUAAUGAGAUCGCCAAGCGACGUCGACACGUUAGGUAGGGCGAGCGUGUUGCGCGACGGUGCAGCAUUCCGGCCAGCUUCAGCACCGCAUCCUCUUCUUUUGGAAAGUCACUUUUAUCAGCCCUUUGCCCAUCCCUCGGAAACACCAGCUCACUCGCAUACCGCGCCUCACACGCCAACGGAACUCGAGCAAGAAUUGGAACAAGCGCGGUCGGAGGAACGGAAUAACUGUGAUUACAAGGAAAGCGUCGCUGAAGAUCUACGAAUAAAGCAGGAACCGGUGGUAUUGACGGAUCGAGAGCGAGCAGAGAAAUUGGCAGAGAAAUUAUCGAGCGAGGUAUAUUCCGGGGGUAGGGGGUUCGAGGGGUACGGCUCAAAUUCGGAACAUUUACAACGUGGCGCGCAAAUGGGUUCCGCGAUGGUAUCGAUACCACCGGCACAUCCACCGACUCCAGAUCUCAGUCCCGCUCCAACUACUCCUGCCAUGUGGAAUACGAAGAUGAACAAGGCUGGUACCGUAUCGACACCCGAGGACCUUUAUUCGACUCGUUGCAUCUCAACGCAUACAUAGGCUGCACGUGGAACUCUGAUCGAUGUUGCAACUGGGAGCCCUCCGUAAUAUCUCCCCAUCCUCUCACGAACCCUUUUCGUCCCUUCUCAUUCACUUUCAAGGCUCUUCCGAGCCGAGUUCUUCCAAUCCGUGAACAGGAAGAACGCGCCUCGUCGAGAUGGUGCCGAGAUGCUGACUACGAAGGAGCACUUUGCUUUGUCAUCGUGAAAACGAAAUUUUGACGAACGUGCCUUACGUUAUAACAUAUUCUCCAAUUUGGAUAUUAAUCAAUGGGAUACGAUCUUCGACUAUAACAUUAAAUUUUGGCGAUAACAUUCAAUGUUUACGGAUCAUUAUCGUCACUUUUCUUUCGAAAUGUUUGCGCUUCGAUAAUCGAAUAACACGAUGGUAUCAACAUUAUAAAAAGCAGUCUUGAGUGAACUUUCGAAACUUCCGCAUUACAAGGUUCGACGAUUUUCAAAGUCGUGAUUCGUAUUAACCACAACGAGGCGCAUCCGGAGAACUAGAAGGUUAGCUGUUGGCUAGUCGCGUUAAGUUGCUGCUCGAGGUGUCACAAAGAAACGAUGAGAGAGCAAAAAAGAGCAGGAGCUUGAACAAGAGAGAAAGAGAAAGGUGCCGACGAAUUUCGAAGUCGCCGGCGUGUGCAUCGUGGUAUAUAUAUUUUCGUGGCAAGGCAGUCCUUUUUUUCCUGCCACGUGUCUACGUCACAAUCUCCGCUUCGGCGACGCUCUAACGUGCAGAAAGAGAGCAACGGAGCAGCCCGUGGGUAGGACCGAUUUACGAGAGCGUUUCUGUGUGCGUAAAUCCCUGUCUUUUUCUUCGUCAUCGUACGUGUCUACUAUGUGCUACGUGCACGUGUACGUGUGUAUCUGUCUAACGCCCAUCUGGGACGGUUGUGCCUUAGAGCACGAGGACUCAUCGCCGCUCGUUGGUGUCUCUCUCUCUCCCUCUCUCCCUCUCUCUCUCUCUCUCUCUCUCUCUCUCUCUCUCUCUCUCUUUUUCUCCUUCCUCGCCUUCACGGUUUGAACAAAGUCUACAAAGAGGAUGCAGGCGAGCCACGGUGCAGCCACUGGGAACAUCUUUUGCUUCGACGAGCAGAUCACCGGGCGUGACGUUUACGACGCUGCCUGGUAAAACCUAAAGCCCUGAAGUCGCCAUUAUUUUUCGCGAUUUCGUUCCAACGAUCUUCUUCGAUGGAUCAUUAGACGAGAGAGAGAGAGAGAGAGAGAGAGAGAGAGAGAGAGAGAGAGAGAAGAGAAACGAAGAAAAAGCAUCCACGAAAAAAAAGAGAUAGAAACUACCUUAUCGUUACACGAUCUUCUAAUAUUAACUCGCACCAGAUAAUAAAUGAGAGAUAGAAAGACCAUAAUACAGAUUAAAUCUUUGAUCACUCGAUUCAAUUUCGUGCUGAGAUGCAUAUCUCGAAUUGGACUUUGCGUCUUAGCCGAUCUCGAUGCACGCCAUGUCGACAUUAAAAAACAAUUUUGAUCGACACGGCAUCCUUAAAUUUUCUUUUUUAAUGAUUGCAAAAAUGUAAUUCAGUCGUGACCUCGACUCUAUCAAGAUCAAAAGGAUCUCUCUCUCUCUCUCUCUCUCUCUCUCUCUCUCUCUCUCUCGUUCUCGUUCUCUUGUCGUCUUAUUUUGUUUCUUUUCAUUAGAAGUUUAGAUUAGAUUUGAGAAGUUUGGAUUUUUAUCCGAGUGUACAUUUUAACGUCAUAACUUCUUUCAACUCGUAACUUUUCUUGACAAACUUUUUUUUUCUUUGUUUUCUUUUUCUUUUAUUUUUUUUAAACGAUUUUUAUGCUUUAGAAAAAGGUUCAUAUUCUCCUGUGAAAUCUAUGUAUAUAACUGUAGGAUCGUACGAGAUGUAUGGAAAGAUUCGAGGAAUUAGGGAACGGUAUUUAACGCUGUAAGUGUCAAAACGCGCUUAGACGGAGAAAGAUGGAGGAACGCGAGAAAGAAAAAUCACUUCCUAUCUUCUUCUCUUAGUAAUUCUAUGAGAUACGUACAGUUAUACUCGCGUUAAAAUCUCACGUUCGUGCGGCCUUAAAAUUGCUUUUUUUUGCUCCCCCUCCCCCAUGUCAGGGCGUUCAGGCUCGAUCGUUAGAGGAAGGAGGAGAUGAUGAUGAUGAUGUGGAAAGAGAAGAAAAAGAUGUCCUUUAAUCGUCUUUCGUUGCCUCAAAAGGUUCUCACAUCUUCGAAUUACGAAAGAAUUUUCGAGAGCUCGUCGUUGAAUAGAACGAAUUCUUUGGAUAAUUUCUAUUUAAUAUCGUUCGUACUUUACCUUAAUAAUAAUAAAAAAAAAAAAAAAAAAAAAGAAAUAAUAAUAAAAAAAAAAUAAAAAAGAAAAGAAAUAAAUAAAUAAAAGAAAAGUAAAAUUAAUUGAAGGUCUUUAUAUCAGAGAAAAAAUUACGAAAGGAAAAGAAGGGUGCUUGCAACUUAAAAAUUUAACUAUCAUUUCGUCAUACUCGAGGAUAAAAUUCAUUUUUGCGGCUUUGCGGCAGGUCCAUCGGGAUAUAAUUUAUAAUGUGACGGAGAUAUGAAAGUUACACGGCCGGGCCGUAACUCGUUAGAUCCACUGGUAGAAAACCGCAGGAAAUAACUCGAAAGUAUCGUACGGUUGAACGAUCUCGUACCAUUUUUCUUCUUCUUCUUUGCUGCCAACUACCAUGUCUGAAACUUUCUCUUGGCCGUUCUCUAACGUCCAAGAAAGAAAUCGUCUAACGUUGAGAUCUCGUUAAUCAUAUUACUAUUUUUACAAACGUAAAAUGUCUAUGAAUGGAGACACGAAAUUACCAGGUUUAAUAUAAUCGGACGAGAAGAAAAAUGCGAGACAAUAGUUUCAUAGAUUAAAAACGAUAGAUUGAAACAGGAAAUAGGCGUUAUUACGUUAGAAUUUCUUUGAGGGUGCAAUGAAAGGGGAUGAACGCUAUUCCCCUUUAAAAGGCACGCACGCAUGCACGUCCGGUAGCGAGUCUGAAUUAUUGAAGAGAGACAGAGAGAGAGGGGGGGGGCGGAAGGGAAGAGAAAGUGCAGUUGCACUCGGCACGUGCAGGCAGGUGCACUGGCUCGAGCGACCUUCCGUUUCUUUCUUUUUUUUUUUUUUUUCCAUCUUUUUUUUUCUUCUUCCUUCUAUCCCCCUAUCUCUACUUUCUCAAACCGUUCCUUCUUCUACCUAUAACGUUCAACCCUUCUCUCCUAUUUCGCGCACGUGCCUCGUAAAAGUUUCAAUGAAGCGUGUGCGACGACUAUACACAUUGGAAACUUCCGAGUUGGAGAAGUACGCUUGCAUAUGGUCGCUCGAUUAAAGAUUAAUCCUUCCUUUCGGACUAUUAAUUCAGUCUAGUCUUUUUCUAUCGAGAUUGUACGAUUGUAAGAACGAGAAAUUUAUCGUCUCUAUCAAUUCUUUCUUUUUUCGAUUGAUCGACAAUCGUCAUUAAGCAUUCAGAAACUUUUCUAUCUUUUUUUUUUUUUCUUUUCUUUUUUUUUUUUCAAAUGCGACGGCGUUCUAUAAUAUUACACGUUAUAAUCUAUCGUACUAUAAAAAACUAUCUCGUAUACUUUAUUCCUUCCAGGUAAUUGCAGGGAAACGAUUGCAAAUGCUUUUCUUUAACGCGUAAUCAAAUAUUUUUCGUACGACAAUAAUUAUAAUUAAAUCUUUUAAAAAUCAGUUCUCCAAUCCUUGUGUCGUUACGUGACCGAUCGAUAAAUAAGAGAAUCGUUUUUGUUUUCUUUUUUCUUUUUAAGAUAUUUCGUCGUCCACGAUCACGAACUUUUUCUUUCGCAUUUCUACCCGCACGAAUUAUCUUAUUAGGAAUCGUUUAAGCGGCAGAACGCGUGUUUCUCUGUGUAGAAGCUAGUGUGUUUGUGUUGAUACGCGUACGUUGGACAGAGAUAGAGAGAUAAAGAAGGAGAAGGAACACACUCGAGGUUCUUAGAAUCAAUUAGAGUUCUUUCGUGCCUCUAUGUUGGCUAAGUCCUCGCCAACUUUUUCGUCCCACACCUCAUUGGCUUAACCUUCUACCAGUCGAAAAUCAUUGCACAAUGCAACACGUAAGCACGCGAGUAAAGAUUCUGCAACUCUAUAUAUUCCCCUUUCUCCUAAUCUCCCCCCCCGCGCCUCUUUUUAUCUCUCUCUCUCUCUCUCUCUCUCUCUCUCUCUCUCUCUCUCUCUCUCUCUCUUUCCUACUCUCGCUUACCUAAGUACUUUCUUUUUCCGAAUCGUUUUCGUCUAUAGUCCCGUUAGAGACUAGAUUCUCGUUUUUACACGUAAAAAGAAAAAGAAAAUCGUUCGAUGAUGAAUAUCUUGCUUUUAACCCAAUAUCUAUCAUUUUACAUGGGCGACGAACGACGUACUAAUUCUUUUAGAUUAUGAUAAUAUAUGUGUUUUAUUUCAUAGGAAAUAUAUUUCUACGCGUGAUCUAUUUUUAAAUAAUAGUGAUCGUAAAAUAGACACGCUGACAGACCGAAAUAGAAUGGAAUUGUUAGAAAUUAGAUCGCUGAGCUCGUGAGCGAGACAGCACGAUGCCGGUGUCGGACUCGUUAUUAUCUACUUUGUACUACAAGUGAGUGAGUAAGAGAAGCGUGUUAUUGGCGACGAAUGAAUAUCGUUUUCCCCUUGAAAGAGUGAAAAAAGAGAAAAAAAUAAAAUAUAAAUAAAUAAAUAAAGAAGAAGAAAAAAAAAGAAAAGAGAGAAAUGAAAAGGGAGAGAGAUAAAGAUAAAAGGGUCUACCGAUGAAGGUGAUAUAAAUCGUUGGAUAUUUUUCAGAAAGAAUGCGAAAGGCUCUCGAUGACUUCCAUCGAUGUGUGUCAUGGUCAGACACAGUUAUACGGGUGUUUAGAAAUGUUAGAAAGAAUUUGGUGAACGGCAAAGUAUCUCGCUGCAAAUCGUACGCACACAAAAUUUCUAUUAGCCUAUAACGAAAGAAUAUUUCGAAUAUUCCUGAUGUAAAUUAAGAUCACGGGACGUACGAAGUAAUGAUCUUUUCUCUUUUACUCGUAAUAAAUGACUAUACCAAUUAAUUUCAUUUCUUCGAUUAAUUCGUCAUGAAAGAAAAAAAAAAAAUGAUUCCAUUCUGUUCGACGGCGAUCGCAUUUUAACGAAGCAAUUUAAAAAGGGCUUCGAUUUCAACGUCGAUUUAAAUGUGAUAUCUUAACUAAAGAGAGAGGUGUAAUUGUACAUAAUCGUGCGGUCGUCCUUUAAUUAACGAUAAAACGUGCGGAUCUUGCGCGUUCACCACAGCCGCAAUGCUUUGAGAGAGAGAGAGAGAGAGAGAGAGAGAGAGAGAGAGAGAGAGAGAGAGAGAGAUAAUACUUGCAAAAAAUUCCGGAGGAAAACCAAACGAUUCCGUGGGCGACUACCGGAGAGAGGAGAGUCUCUAAUUCGGGUUACUGCGAUCCUACCGCAUACUGCUACCCUCUGACCGAUCAAUACGAACCCCGGGGAUGCCUAUCGUGUCGUUUUCUCUCCUUGUCAGUACUUUCUCUCUUUCUCUCUCUCUCUCUCUCUCUGUCCCUCUCUCUUUGCACGCGCCUACGCAUUAAACUCGACCAACCGUGAUACUUGAUAAUUUGAAGAAAUUACAAUAAAUUUCGGUGUCUGAAAAUAUUAACAUCAUAAAAAAAGUGACACGAAAUUUUCUAUAAAAUGGUUCAAAUAAAAAAGUGAAAAGAAAAAAGAAAGUAAGAAGAAAGAGUACGACAGUUUCUAAAAGAGAAGAACUCUUACGAUAUUACGCGAAGCACAGAGGUUUGUUACGGCUGCAUGCGUGUAACAUUGAAAGCGGUAAUACAUGAAUAUCAAAGAGGGAAGAGAGGAGGAGGAGCAGGAGGAGGAGGAGGAACAAAUUGAAAGCGCGAAUGAUGUGUGAGAGAGAGAGAGAGAGAGAGAGAAAGAAAGAAUGAUAGGUGACAAUCAUCUGGUCUGUUCGUAAUAGAAAAUAAUCCCUCGGGUCGUUCGUACAGACUGAUUCAUAUUAGAGAUGUCACGAUUUCUUUCAGUGAAAAUAGAAGCUUUGAUCGAUCUUAAGAUCUCUCGAGAAAUGAUGUCUCCUUUUUUCUCUUUUUAUCAAAAGUAAUAUCGAAUGAUAAGAUCGAUAAGUCUUGUUGGAGAUAAAUCGUUCAUUCUAAUCUUACAAAGGUAGUAUAAAUAUUUAUUUUUGAAUCAGCCUAUAGAAAUCUAUUCCAAACGCAAUACUCACGCUUU